AUGGGAGCUCUGAGGAGAGGACCGAGUGCAGAAGACGCGCAGUACGUGAGGGAUGCCCUGGCUGCGAGGGGGGGGCCCCAGGUCCCCCAGAAUUUCACGCCUACGACCCCGGGCCACGACGGCCGCCAGCGCCGCGGCGUCAUGCCGACGCGCGCAGUGCGCAACCCGCAGACUGAGGCACUGCUGGAGAUGCUGGGGCUGCCGUACAACCUGGACCCCGGCAGCGCGCAGCCGCCGACAGCUUCCGGUGCAGCUUCCGGGGCAUCAUCGGCAAAUCCAGAGGCCAUUGACAUAGACAAUCCAGAGGAGAUAGAGCUGGGAGAAGAGGAUGAGUUGGAGGGGGAUACUCCCAGAGGUCUGGACGAGUCACCGCCAGACAAGAUCGAGGCAGAAAGCUUGUCAGGGCAGCAGGAGGCAGAGGGUCUCCCUGAGCAGGAAGAGUCCAUGUUUGCAGCGGUAGAGGCGCAGGCAGCCCUCAAGCGGCUUGGCACAGAGCCUGAUGACAGUGCAGAGCAGGGCCAGCUGCCAGAGCCAGAUGAGCAGGAGGAGCCAGAGCAGCAGGAGCAGCCUGCCCUAUUGCAGCACAUCAAUUUUUUUGAAGAGCAUGAAGCUCGUGACGCGCACCCAGAGGUCGCGGAGGAGGCCAAGAAAGAGGCGCGGCGGCGGGGGGACGCGGCAACGCAGACGUCCGAUGCGCGAUUCGACGAGCGAUUUCAGCUCGGUUAUGGUCUGGGCGGCGGCAGUGCGCGGCCCUGGAGGGAGAAGAAGAGAGGGAAGUUUGACAGGAAGGAGAAGAAAGGCAGCAAGAAGGGCCACAAGGAGGGUAGGGGACACAAGGGGGAGAAGAAAAAGGGGCUUGAUAUUGAAAAGUUGAGGCAGGAGAGGUUGCAGCGAGAGCGGCAGGAAAGAGAUCGAGCGCGGCAGGCCAUAAUGGGCAACAUUGCGUCUGCAGAGAAUGGCAAGAAGUACAAUGCAUCAUAUGGUAAUGCUGCACCUGUCAUUAGAACGCAGUAG